AGAACACCUCUAAUGACACGUGAGACUUCAUCCUUCUCAUAAACCCAAUUAUUAAAAUCAAACCCAAACCCAUAAUACUUGGGCCGACCCGCCAUUCUCGUACCACUUGCCUAUCCACAGGGCCGUGGGAUAGGAGAGAACGCAUUGCUGUUUGACAAUGCCCAUCGUCGCCGAAUCGUCAGAAGAUAAUCCAAUCGCGCCGCCUAGCAACGCCGCACCGCCACUUCCUCCGCCGCAAGGCAACUCCCCGAAAAAAUUGGAAACCCUAGCACAGGAUGCGCCGUGGAUCGACCAUACUCUGCAACAGGCACUGCAGGCGCAGCAGACUAUUGUCACUGCCGCAGAGAAUGCAAUUGCUGCAACGAAGUCUCGGCUGGAUCGCAUCCUGACCACAUCUUCUGCCCAUUUUAACCAAUCUCUCGAUACCUUACAAGAUGUUAAGGCUGAAUAUCACGUAUACGAGGACUUAACGUUUGGGAAGAUUAAAGAGGGUAUUGAUGUUGCCGCUUCUCAUCCUCUGACCACAACAGCAGCUUUAUUUAGUCUCGGGGUUCUGUUCCUGAAAAGACCAAGGCGAUAUGUAUAUUUCAAAGCAAGGCGCCUCUUUUCUACUGAAGAGGCCAUGCUUUUGGAAGCUGAUGCACAAGUCAGGGAGCUGAGAAAAUCCAUUGAUGUUUUGAAGGCAGAGAGUGAGAAAUUGGAGAAGAGUGCACUGCAAGCAGAAGAGAAGAUGAUACGGGGAAAGACAAAAUUGAGACAAGCUGGGAAGCAAAUUCGAAGCGUGAUUCGCUCUGCUUUUUUGAUUGAAAAACAAGCUGCUGGUCUGAAAGAUGUUCUGAAAGAGCUUCCACGUAGAGAUGCUUCUUCGUUUAGAUCCCGGGUUUCUGAUCUUGCUUCAGAGGCGAUGAAAGAACGAAAGUUCCUUACCAAGGAGGUUACAAAGAUAAACAACCGUGGCAUAUCGGUCUGAUUCCACAACUCUGCACAAAAUCUUUCUAGUUUGACAGAUAGUGAGUAAAAUGGCUGUGAGAAAUUGUUUUGCCAAAUAAAAAAAGCAUUUUUUUGGAGCUGUGGUUUUGAAUUUCCCUCUUGAAAGGCUUUCAUCCCAAGCCAUUACACCGCCGUUUUGUGGCCCUUGUCUUUUUGAUUAAAUGAUGCCAUUGUGCUCUAUCGUGUAUCAUAUCUUGCUUUAGAUCAUUUACGCGAAGGUCUCCUUUGAUCUUGCUAAAAUGGUGAAUAUGCAUGUGACAUUGUGGGUAGAGAAAGAGGUAGACCGAAAUGUAGACCUAAAUAAAAAAAGGCUAAUGAAUGAUGAUUGAGUUUUGUAAAUUUUAUAGACAAUGGUUUAAUGAAAUGUCAAUGAUUGAAGAAAAUGUUUUUCGCAUU